AUGCGUUCUCGAUGUCUAGCUGGAUCGCGACUCGCGUUGGGUCCUCUGCCAGCGGGGCUCGUGUCGUAUGUAUUACGGUCUCUGCUCCUCCGGCCACGGCACGCCGAACUGGACUGGGAGGAAGAAGCGGCGGAUCUCCGGGUUCGGGGGGAUGAUGCAGGCUUCCAAGAAGAGCAGCUCCCACUCCUCCUCCUGAAAUUGCUGGAGUCGCUUCUUGACACUCCCCCAGAUGUUUCCGCGGGGUUUCUCAAGUUCGGCUCGGAGGGUCAGCCUCGGCAGGAAGUGGAGGAUUCGCCACGCCCCUGCGCAGUUCGGAACUUUUGCAAGUCGGAGGAGGGGGAUUGUCAUGCACCACAGCCGCCGCCAGGCCCCCUCGUCCGCGUGCCCCGCGUCCGCCCCGUCCCCGUUGCGCGGCCGUUUCUCCUCCCCGUGUUCUUGGCGGCGGGUUUCCCGCCGCUGCCUCCGCCGCGCGUUCGCGUAGCAGCCUCUGCCGCGCCGUCCCUUCUCGGCAGCGAUCGAGCGCCGUCACUUGGACUUCCUCCUCGGCUGCCGCUGCCUCGACUGCGGUGGUUUCCGCUCGCACGUCUGCAUCGUCUGGCCCAUUCGCCACUGAUCUCCGCGCUCCCGAUGACGGGCCGCCGCCGGCCGCCUCGGCGUGAUGUGAUUGUGGCAGCUGCUUCUCCUGCUGUGCCCACCCCACUAGUGGCCCCGGGCAGGCAGGUGCCAGCCCUGUUCCGAGCCGUCGCGGACUACCUGUCGUCUGAGGCUGGCGCCGCCCCUUCUGCGUCGCCGAUCUCGCCGGUCCGGGCGAGGGAGCCGAUCUAUCGUUCUCCCCGUGGGCGCACCCAUCCCUUCCUUCGUGCGCGCGGUCAGUCCUUCCGCCGCCGCCGGCCCCCCCGUCCGCCUCCCCGUGUUCGGGCUCGUCCGCAGUCGCUGUUUCCAGCUCCUGCUGCUCAGUCCCAGCCGCUGCAGCUUCCUCCACCUCAGUCUCAGUCGGCGUCAUCCCAGCGGCCUCCGCCGGCUGUGCCGGUGCAGUCUACGCCUUCAGGUGCAUCCCCCCCACCCCCACCGCCAUCCCAGGGGAUGGCGCCGUCUCCUCCGGCGAUGCACAAUGUCUCCGCGCCUCCCCCUGCGCCACCCGGUGCUCCACCUGCCCUCGCGCCGCCGUCAGCCCCGGUGUCGGAGACGCCGUCGCACCCGCCUCACCCCCUUCCCCAUCAAUCUCCUCCUCCUCCCGCGGUGCCCGCCUCAGCACCCUCGACGGUGCCGCCCCCAGUCGUCCCGUUCGCGUAUUCGUACCCGCCUCGGCUGGAUGCAACCGCGCCGGCUCCGCCCGCCCCUCGGGGGCUUCCUCCUCCCAUUCGGCCGUCGUGCAUGCCUCGUCGCCAGCACCCACUUGUGCCGGGGUCUCGCCUCCCUGCCGCCCGGUUUGGAUUUCCUGGGGAUGGGGCAUACCAGUCGCGUGGGAUGUUCUUGUCUGACGUUGGCCGCUGCGUGACGGAGCUGUCGUUCGUGCUCGACAUUCUGCAUGCUGCCCUCCAGUCGCGGGAGGUUGUGGCUCGGGAUCCUCAGUUGAGUGAGGAACAGGAGGGGCAGGCGCGCCGGGCUGUGUCGAGCGCGCUGUAUGACCUGCUUCACCUGCCGCUGGAACCCGAGGAUCCUUCGCUGGACGACGGACCUGGCGCUGCAGCUUUCCGCAUGGUAGCCACGGCUGUUGAAGAAGACUAG